AAUCCACCUCUCAACCAACUCCAAUCAUCGUGCUGGUCCAAAUGAACCAUGUCGCGCUGUCGUAAGCGCCAGCCACCAAGCUAUCAUUCCUCAUUCGAUCAGCUUCCAGGAAGAAACUGGCCCUAAGCAAUGAAUCCUCUCAGCGAACCCACAGACCAAGCAGGAACCGCUCCGUCUUCGCCCUCGGUCAACAAACCCAAGGUCCGUCUGAGCUGCGAAACCUGUCGGCAGCGCAAAGUCAAAUGCGAUAAGCUAAACCCUUGCACCAACUGCCAGCGUCUCGGGGCGAGAUGCGUCCCGGUUGAACGUGCACGGCUGCCGCGAGGCAGAUCGGGCCGAUUGGCAACUGAGCGACCAGGUGACCAGGAUGCAAAUUUGAAAGACCGCGUGUCGAAGCUUGAAAGCAUCAUUCGGGAUCUCGCCCGUGGUGGUAGUCAAGCGUCCGUCCGGGCGAUCUUAGCUGCUGCUGUCGAAGAAAGCUCGCAGGAUGGCGAGAACUCGCUAGGCGAGGAUGACUCGCAGGCUGGCGGUGUCCGCAGACCCGACACCUAUCUAGGGUCUUCGUUUUGGGCCAAUCUCUUGAAUGAGGUGCCGGACGUGCAUCCGAAUGAGCGUCGGAGCUCAAAGAGUGACGACCGCAAUGCUGAGACUAAUAAUCUCAUCAACUAUCGUCGGCUCCUGACCAUGGCUAGCGGCAGUGGUGGUACUACUAACAGCGAACCUCCGGGCACCUCGUCUACCCAUCAGCAGCUAUGCUGUUUAUUCAUGCAGAGGGUAGACCCGAUCUGCAAGAUCCUACACAGGCCUUCACUAAAGGCAUUUCUCGUGGAUGGAAGUCCCUAUCUUGACUACGAACCGGGACAUCUGGCCCCAACGGCUCUCGCCUAUUCUGUGUACUACGCAGCCUCGUGCAGUCUCAGUGACGAAGAGAGUAUACGCAGCUUCGGCGUCCCCAAGUCAACCAUGGUCUCUAGGUACCAGAAGGAAGCAGAGGCAGCUCUGGCCCGCGCAGACUUCAUAACCACGAACGACCUAACCGUCCUACAAGCCUACGUGCUCUUCUUAAUCGCCCUGCGCUCUCAAGACCAAAGCCGCCGAAUGUGGACGAUGCUCAGCAUGGCCCUCCGCAUCGGACAAGCCCUCUCGCUCCAUCUCCCCGACCCUCCCUUCCACGUCCGGCCCUUCGAGCGUGAACUCCGCCGACGCCUCUGGCUGGCCAUCGGCUUCCUCGAUAUCCAAGCAUCCAUGGACCGCGCUUCCGAACCAAUGAUGCAAGCCAGCUGGCUGGAAUCCCACCCCCCAGCCAACGUAAACGACAUCGACCUCAGCCCAAACAUGGAAGCCAACCCGCCCGACUCCCCCGGAUUCACCGACAUGACCUUCACCAUGAUGGUCCACAAAACACAAUACGUCGCCCGAUCCCUCAACUUCUCCGGCUUCAUGGAACCAUCCAUAACCACACUGGCCAUCCGCCAACAACUCGUCCUCGAAUUCCAACAAUCCGUCACCAAACUCCUCCAACACGCCGAACCCGACAAACACCCCUUCCACUGGAUCACCCGUGCCAUCGCCGAAUGCAUCCACGCCUGCAUGCAACUCAUCACGCUACGACCCCUCCAGCGUUCCCCCAACUUCACCCCUCCCCUCGUUCGCGGCGACCGUCUCCUCGAAUUCGCCGUCAACGUUCUCAUCGUCUCCCGCCGCCUCCGUUCCGACCCCCGCUUCACCACCUACCAAUGGUUCGAAUUCGCCUUCCCCCCCUGGCACUGUCUCGCCGUCGCCCUCGCCGAACUCUGCGUCUGCGACGACAAAGCCGUAAUGGAACGCUUCUGGGAUCCCAUCGAGGAAUCCUUCCACCUACUAGGUCGUCUCAUCGCCGACUCCCAACGCGGCAUGCUCUGGAAACCGAUGGAAAAGCUCAUGGCGCGGGCUCGGGACCGACGCGUUCAAUUACUCGCCUCUCCAAGUCCGGACGCUUAUUCUCCUUCUCUGUCGACAGCCGUCCAACAACAGCCUAUCUCUAUGCAAAUGGACACGCAGGGCUUUGUCCCGGGCAUAGAUGGGAGAGUCGGAUUGCAACAUGCCGUUGCGGCUAUGAAUACGCCUGAGAGUGUUGUUGAUGGCACGUGGCCUAAUGUUUGGGAUGCUGUGGAUUUCAGCUACGCGGCUCCCGGAACGGCCCAGGUGGCGUGGAUGAGCUAUGAGAAUUUUGUCGCGGACUUUUACGUCAAUGUUGAUGAUCCGUUGGUGAAUCGUUGAAUACUAUAACAAGUGGGCGAUAGGGACCUGAGAACUACACAGGGAAGUACAAUGCUCCGAAAGAAGCAUAUUGCAGAUCCCGGAUUAUGCAAUGGCACGUACAGGAGAGGCUCUAGAAUGGGUUAUUGUCUAGAACAUUUGGAGGACAUGAUCUGAUCCCGCCUUACCACACCGACUCCGCCUAUGAUACACUCGUCGAAAGGAAAAAGUGCAGCCCGUGAUGGACUGCGAGAGGGGA